ACGUAACAGUGCGUCCACUAGAUGUCGCGCUUUCACCGUCUACGCUUGACUCGGGAGGACUCCCCGCAGCCAAUCACAGCUCCGCUUUAACCAGCUUGAUAAAGUUUCUCGUUUUCCGCUGUCCGAUUGCGUUCACGAAGCCAAACAGCGUCUUUGUCGUUUCCUUCUUCUUCGUCGCUGCGGAGCUUUAAAGAUGGUAGUAAACAAACUAGCUGCUACUUCAUCCAACUCUUAUCGACUCAAAGUCAGCCACGCCGGCGGAAGGAGCCUGCUGUGAGGGAAGAAGAUGUAUCUGUGGCGUCUUUCCAUCGCUGUGAGCCUCGGCCUGGUUUGGUAUUUUUCAGACUGCGGUCGCACAGUCACGCAGUACGUUAUAUGUUUCCUCCUCUGCGUUCCAACGCGGCUGCUGUUUGGAAACAAUGGGCGAGAGAGCAGCACCCAAACUGAUGAAGAACCCAAAGAGCAUCCGCCUGAGGAAUAUGUCGAGAAAGAGUCGUUUGAACAGACUGAUGUGAGGAACCUCGAGCAGAACAUCCCGCUGACUUCUCAAUGUCCGCAUGUAAAGAAAUCCCUUCAGCAAGUGUUCGAGUGCGCCUACGCUCAGCUGGUUCUGCCUUGGUACGCCGUCCCCGAGCCCUGCGAGCAGCAGCCUCUGCACAAGGUGCUCAGCAGGGAUUUCGACUUUGUAAUCGACCGCAUCAUUGAGAGGGCCAGGGACUUUGAUGUCUGCCAGGCCAUGGUGGACUGCAUCAGGAUUCUGACGCAGCACUUGCAUGAUGCAAAGCAGCCUGACCGAGACCCGCUGUUCAGCGCUGCCGCUCUGGAAAUGGCGCUUCUCCGAGAGCUUUCCGACGCCCUGGUGCGCAGCUUGUUCCCCCGAUCUGUCUGGGGCCAAGAAACCAACCGUUGUGCCUUUAAUGAGAUCAUUGCCUUAAAGGGCCUGGGCCUUAUAGUGAAUUGGCUCUCCGACCCCGACAACCUGAACCAGCUGGUGGUGAAUCAGCUCGACAGAGUCGCUCUGAAAAGCUGUGCAGAGGAGAUGAGCGUAUCUGACCCAGAUCGCGCCUCCGUUUCUUCGCGGGAGGGCGAAGGAGACGAGGAAGGCAGUGAAGUGAAUUCGCCUGGAGCAGAGAGUUCAACCGGGACUGCAUUCACAUUCAAAAGAAAAGGUCUUAAGUUAAGGGAAGGAUGGUCCAAAUUUGUGGACAAGAUGAAGUCAAAGAAAGCCAAGAAGAAGAAGAUAAAAAAGAUGGAGCAGGAGCUGGUUAAUAGGAUCAUCGCGACACAGGGAGACGGGUCCAACGAUGAGGACGACGGCAGCAAAGAGGGCUCGUUCAUCAGCCAGGACGACUCGGACAGAGAGGACAGCGAUCUAGACGAGUACCUGGCCAGCGUCCAGGAGGACAUGAUGGAGUUCAAGCUUUCUUAUGAGAUAUGGCGCGUUGGCUGCUGGGCUGUCAGCAUCCCUCAUGUCGACUGGGAGGACGACGAGCUAAUCUUCACCGUUCACUUGGAGGAAAAGGACAGCCCUGAGAAUUUACACUGGGACAUCAAGAAGACUUACAUGGAUGUUGUUUAUUUCCGCAACAGAUGGCAGGACUCCACCAGCCUUCCCACCAUCGUCACCCUGGAAGACUCUGAGGUCAGCGCUGAGGUGAAAGAAGAAGCCACAGCCUCAGUUGAGCACUUCCUGCAGGAGUUGGUAUCUGACGCCAUGAUUGGCCACACUCAGCCCGUUUUUCAGUUCCUGUGUCCGCUCGACAAGCUGCUGAACGAGGAGGAGCAUUAUGCAGGCGUGUGGGGGAUUCUUAGCGGUCUGGCCUACUUCCUCACUCCAGGCCAAGAGGAAGAAGAGAACUCAAGCCUGCAGACAGAAGUCCCCAAAGAAAACACACUGCCAUCUCCACAUCCUGAGUCGACCUCCCUCUCUGCAGAAAAUCAUUGUAAUUCCACUCCGCUUCUGAACGGAUCCCCGCUCCCUAAGAUCGUCGUCUCCCAGUACAACUCUUCUCCAAAACAGCCUGAGGAAGCAGAAGCUAACCCACAUGAAAACUGCCUCCAGGACUCUGAUAACACCUUAACCUCUCACUUCAAACUGAUCAUCAAGGGACUAAGCAGAACCAGGUCGCAGGAGUCUCUGUCCUCCUCGAAGGCCAGCGGGGACGAGGAGCCGCCUGAUGAGACGCAGCAGGCGGCCGCAGAGGGGCCGUCGCGCCUCGGCUGCGGCUCAAAGUCAAAUAAAAAGGAGCGGACGUGUUUCAGGAUGUCAGGUGUAGCGGGGAAGACGAAAGGAAAGGAGACAACGCCGGGCGCUCUGCAGAGAGGAGACGACUCUCAGGGUCAGAGAGGUCAAGGCAGCUGGGAGCAGCUGGAGUCAACCAAAGCCAUUUUUGAGCUGCUGAAAGAAAUAUCAGGAAACUCCAUUCUGAUCAACAUUUUUGAUGCCAUAUUAAAACCUGUGAUGCCCAUCUUGAAGAAGAAGAUUAACUCUUUCCUGAACAAGUUGAACCCGACGGAGGAGCAGAUGGCAGCCUACAUCGACGCUCUGCGCAGCAAGCUGUGGCCGGAGAUGCAGCAGGUCACCGCUCCUCAUCCUCGCACCGACGAGGAGAUGAAGGAGACCCGGGAGCGAGCGCACGACCUCAUCAACGCUCGAUAUUCAAACUAUCUCGUCCUGAAGAAGACGGACGUGGAGUCGGUUUUUAAUCUCUUCCAGAACAAAGAGGAAAACAGAACUCUGAUCUGUAUGCUACUCGCGUUCCUGUUGAGGGAGUUUCUGCCUACCGAUCCCUCGCUUCACAUAAGUGCUGCUAUUCUUCACAAAGUGACCAACCACGCCAUCUAAGCUGUGAAACCUUCCUUUAUUUUAAUGUGCAACCAUUUUUUUUUAAAUAAUAAUGUUUAUAAUUAAUUGCCUUAAUGUUUGGGAUCAUGUGUGUAUAAAUAUGAAAGAAGUU